AUGAAGUUCGGCAGAAAUCUACCUCGGAAUAUGGUUCCGGAAUGGAGCGCCAACUACAUCAAAUAUAAGAGUUUAAAGAAGCUUAUAAAGUCCGCUAUAGAGGCUAAGAAGAACGGAGAAGAGCCGGAUUUAGCAGGCAAUUUAUCAUCGCUAAUUGUCAAGCCUUUAGGCUUCUUCUACUCCCUGGACCGAAACCUCGAAGAUGUCGAUCAUUUUUACAAUAAGAAGUUCGCAGACUGCUCUCGUCGACUCAAAUUACUAGAUGAACGCUUUGGCCAUUCCGUCGUGGCAUCACAGCGACCUGACGUGGAAGAUUUGGAAGACCUAUUGGCUGCGUUGCUGGAGUUGCGAGGCCAAUUGAGAAAGCUGCAGUGGUACGGCGAGGUCAACCGCCGAGGCUUCAUCAAAAUCACAAAGAAGCUGGACAAGAAGCUCCCGGGAGCCCAGGCGCAGAUGCGAUACUUAUCAACCAAAGUUGAUCCCUCACCGUUUGCAACUAAUGCCCGUCUGUCAUGUUGUAUGAAGGGCGUCAACGACUGGCUGUCAGUACUUGGAGACCAGAAGGCUGUGGAUGAUGCCAGCUCAACCCGAUCUUCGUUGCCGUUGAAGAGGGUACCAUCUCGCCAGAACCUAAACAUUCCAGAAAGCCUUCUUCAUGCUGUUGACGAUGCCCUUCGCAAGGACGAUACACAUAUCCUACUGGAAUUGCUAACAACGCUCAAAAUCGCCGCUGAUGAACUGGGUGCUAACAUUUACCCCAAAGUUUUGAAAUCUCUUAUUCAGCGAUCAAUACUCUGUCGCUCUAGGGCAUGUCUUGUCUCAUUACUGGGAAAGAUUGACAACCUCGAAGAAGACGACGAUAUCAACAAGCGCAACUGUAUUCAUCGCUUUGUAAUCUCCAUCGGAAGAUCUCAGACAACGUCUGAUGCUGAAACAUCCGCAUCUAUGGUAUUGAAUUUUCCGGUAGACACUUCAAACUAUAUCACUCCAGCAGCUGCUCCUUCGCUCAUACCUCAGCGGCCGGUGCCAAAAGAAUCAGAUCAAGUCACAGUCUUGCAACGUGGCGAUGCUUCCGUUUCGUUUCUGGAAUACCUCCUCGAUAACCUGCAACCCCAUCAACGCGAUGCUCUCCUAGCAAAAGAUAUAUCUGGUCGCACCCCUCUUCACUAUGGUGCGCAACACGGAUUCAAGGUUGUCUGCGAGGUGAUUAUUGAGCACCUACAAGCUUGGGAUAUGUUCGAUGUAGCCGAAGGUAUCGAUGGGCCUAAUUGGCAGGACGAAGAGGGGUGGGCCCCGUUGCAUUUAGGCGUUGUUGGAGGACAUCCACUCACCACUCGAGUUUUGUUAGAUUCAGAAAACUGGAAAGGGGAUAACGAUGACAAAGCAGCUAUUCGGAAACACAUCUCCAAGUCCAGUGCUGUUUUGGCAUUGGCUACCAAAGCAAACUUUGUCAGUAUCGUACAGUUGCUUGUUGAUGCUGGUGUCGAUAUCAACUAUCAGGAUGACCAGGGGGAGACUGCCCUGCACGUUGCUGCUCGUUUUGGCCAUGAGAAAUGCGCGAGGGCUCUUCUCGAGGGCUCAGAAACCCAAAAAGCUAAUACGGAGCUGACAGAACAUACAUAUUCCUGGACACCUCUGUUCAUUGCUUGCGUUGAUGGCAAUACCAGUGUUGUCCAGCUGUUGAUUGAUGCAGGUGCUGAUCUCGAACGGCCCGAUUCCUCUGGCUGGACCGCUAAAGAACAUGCAGCGCUGAGGGGGCAUAUGGAUAUUGCUAGGCUUUUAGCCGACGCUGCCUCUGCACCCGAUGGCAGCAGCGAGUCUGAAAGCUCUAUCGUUACGUCGCUCUCCUCAUCACCACCACUUUCGUCCUCUUUGGCGGACCGCAAGUCUAAUGCCAAUGGGGAAAAGCGCCCUGCUGAAGCGAUCAAGACAUUUGGUCAUAGAUACUUGACCGAUGAAAGUAUGGUGCUAGUAAGCCUUGGCACAAUGGACAUGAGAAAGUUCAUCCCGGCUGUGAAUCUUGACCGUAUUCCCAUGGCGAGCGCUCAUUUGACACAGCUUGAUACUGCGUUGUCAAUUGUUGUUUCGGCAAGUGGAGCUCACGGGGAACCGGAGAUUGUCGAUCUACCAGUUCAUGAUAACUUGUCUACCGAGCCAAUUGUCUUUCACACCUUGGAUGCAGCGAAGACAAAGAUUAUCUUCGAUCUUGUGCCUACUUAUUCAGGGUCAAAAGACCAAAUCCUCGGCCGUGGAGUUGCUUUAUUAUCCAGCAUCAAGCCUAAUAUUGGUUCGAAACGUAUUACUCUUCAGGGCGACUCUACCGUUCCUAUCAUCGCCGCUAAUACCCUUGAUGUUAUUGGAUCUGUUACGUUCAAUUUCCUGGUCAUCACCCCCUUUAGUCAUCCGAAAAUGUCGGUAACCGAAAAUCAAACGUAUUGGAAAACUAUGGAGUCGACGAUGGUUAUCGGGCAUCGAGGUCUUGGAAAGAACAUCGCUGGCCGAAAAUCAUUGCAACUGGGGGAGAAUACGGUUCAGUCAUUCAUUGCGGCUGCCAACCUUGGUGCAUCUUACGUUGAGGAUCAUGUUCCUGUUAUUUAUCAUGAUUUUCUUGUCAGUGAAACAGGCAUUGAUGCACCAGUGCACACCCUUACUUUAGAGCAAUUCUUGCAUAUCAGUGAUGGUCGAAACCCCCGUGCAAAGCAGGUUGAUAGAAAUUCCCGAAGUGCUACUCCGUCAUUGAAUAAUUCCCGUGACCCCGCUUUGAGACAGAGAUCCAUGUCUGUCGGUGAAGAGCUGGGAGUGCCAAAUUUGGACGAGAGGAUGAAGCACACUCGAGAUUUUAAGAAGAAGGGGUUCAAGGGAAACACGCGUGGAAACCAUAUUCAAGCGCCGUUCGCCACUCUGAAGGAACUUUUCAAGGAGCUACCAAAGUCUGUUGGGUUUAACAUGGAACUAAAAUAUCCUAUGCUCCACGAAAGCGAGGAAGAAGAAAUGGACACGUACGCUGUGGAACUGAACUCCUUCGUUGACACUGUCCUUACUACUGUUUACGACCUUGGUGAAGGCCGAAAUAUGAUUUUCUCUUCCUUCAACCCCGAUAUCUGCCUUCUCCUCUCUUUUAAACAACCUUCCAUCCCCGUUUUAUUCCUCACAGACUCCGGUGUUGGUGCUGUUGGAGAUAUUCGCGCUAGCAGCCUACAGGAAGCUAUUCGGUUCGCUUCCCGAUGGAAUCUUUUAGGUAUUGUCACGGCAGCCGAACCGUUGGUAAUAAGCCCACGUCUGGUGAGGGUUGUGAAGGAGUCUGGGUUGGUAUGUGUCUCCUAUGGGAUAUUGAAUAAUGACCCAGCAAAUGUCAAGGUGCAAGUCAACGAGAACAUUGAUGCAGUUAUUGUUGACAGUGUUCUUGCUAUCCGGAAUCGGUUGACUGAGCCUCAGCCUGAACCUUAG